GCGGCGGUGCUGCAUUGCUAACUUCGGCACAGCCUGCAGGGAUGGCUAGCGUGGCGCUGGCUUGUAAGAUUAAUAUGUCCUUGGAAUCGUUAUUUGUUUGACUUUUUGUCUUCAUGACUACUACUUUGUUGCUAGCCUCCGCUGAGCCUAAAUAUCCACAUUUGCCAUAAAUUACACUAAACAAGUAUUAUCCGUGAGCUUCCUACAACGGUAACUUAGGGAACUAGUGCUCGAACGCUACCUAGCUUGCUGGCUAACAAGCAGGCGAACGCCAGUGAAACUCAAAAUGUCUGGACCAGAGUUGCUUUUGGAUUCCAGUAUCCGUCUUUGGGUAGUUUUACCAAUUGUCUUUAUUACUUUUUUCGUUGGAGUGAUCCGUCAUUAUGUCACACAACUUUUGCACAGUGACAAGAAAGUGGAUCUUGAACAAGUGUCUGACAGUCAAGUGUUAAUGAGGAGCCGAAUACUGAGAGAGAAUGGGAGGUACAUACCCAAACAGUCAUUUGCUAUGCGAAAGCAUUACUUCAAUGAUACAGAAACUGGGUUUUUCAAGAAAGUCAAGAGAAAGGUUGUUCCUAAAAACCCCAUGACGGAUCCCAGUAUGGUGACAGACAUGAUGAAAGGAAACUUGACAAAUGUUCUUCCGAUGAUCGUGAUUGGUGGAUGGAUAAACUGGGCCUUUUCCGGCUUCGUCACAACCAAAGUCCCCUUUCCCUUGACCCUGCGGUUCAAACCAAUGCUUCAAAGAGGAAUUGAGCUGCUGUCACUUGAUGCUUCUUGGGUGAGCUCUGCUUCUUGGUACUUCCUCAAUGUUUUUGGGUUGCGCAGCAUGUACAGUCUCAUCCUUGGACAGGACAAUGCUGCUGAUCAGUCAAGGAUCAUGCAGGACCAGAUGACUGGAGCUGCUAUGGCAAUGCCUCCUGACCCAAAUAAGGCCUUCAAGAGUGAAUGGGAGGCUCUGGAGAUCGUUGAGCACAAGUGGGCCCUGGAGAACGUGGAGGAAGAGCUGAUGGCUCAAGACCUUAACUUCCGAGGCCUCUUCAGUCAGGAGCUCAAACGUCCUGUCUUCUGAAGAUAGCUUCCCGAGUGUCCUUCGGUACUUGGAAUGAGACUGGUCAGUUGGUUGGUCAGUUGCUUUAUGUGAACAUGUGGCCCAGAUGGACGUCUGAACGUUCACUGAAAAUGUCUUAAAGUAUGGGAUGAUUAUGGAGAGGAAAGAAACAAAACGAUGGCGAGGAGGGAUAUUUAACAUCCAACGGUGCAGCAAAAACACACCAGCCGUUUAUAUUCAUACAUAACACAACCUAGUUUUUCAUAACAUUCAUUAAAAAUAAUUCCAAAGGGGUCGGUCGUCCCAUGCUCUUUUGAGUAUUUUAUAUUCUAUGUUAUAUUUGUUAAGAGAAAUCAGAGAGUUUGUCAUGAAUCCGUAUUGUUCAAAGCUUUUUCCACUUGAAUGUCUGGCUUUUGCACCUUUUUAAAUUCAGUGCCAAAUGAUCCACUUCUCUGCUGUAGUUGAAUAUACCUGAAUCGAGUGUCCCCAUUCUACUCAUUACUACUGAAAGUUGAAAAAUUGUCAGAUUGUUUUACAUAUUUAAUAAAAAAAAUACCUGUGGACAUAUAAA